GAAACGAACACAAGCGAGCUCGUAACGAUUGGAUAAGGCCUGCCUGAUUCAUACACGUCGUCGACGCCUCCUGAUCCGGAGCAUAUGCUAUCUCCUUCGACACCGGGUCCAUGGCAGUAAUAUAUUGGUGCCUUGUUGGUUGUGCGAAUCAAAAACUAUACCCAUGUUGCCAACUUGUCCUUGUGUCAACGGUUAUAAGUAGGUAAUAGCUGCCGUUCGGAUCUAUCAGCGCUGAAGCUAGCAGACACCGAUACUGUUGGGGGAGAAUCGCCGGGAGCAGAAAGGAUCAUCGAUCGAUGAAGCUUGUCAUCGCCUUCGGGCUCGUGCUCUCCCUCCUCGCCGUCUCGGCGGCGGCGGAGCGCUUCGAUUUCUUCUACUUUGUCCAACAGUGGCCGGGCUCCUACUGUGACACGUGGAGGGGGUGCUGCUUCCCGGACUCCGGCAAGCCGGCGGCGGACUUUGGGAUCCACGGGCUGUGGCCCAACUACGCCCAGUGCCAUGGCCGCUACGGCCUGGCCCGCGCCGUGCUCGGCGACGACGCCUUCUUCUCCAUCGUGGGGCGGCGGGGCCGGUGCUGGCCGCAGUACUGCGGCGGCGACUACGACGACAACGCGCUCCGGCCGUGGGAGAUCCGGGACCUGAUAGCGUCCCUGGAGCGGAGCUGGCCGACGCUGUCGUGCAAGAGCGGGCGCAGCUUCGAGUUCUGGAGCUACGAGUGGAAGAAGCACGGCACCUGUUCCAACCUCGAGCCGCACGACUACUUCGCCCGCGCGCUCGCGCUCAAGGCUGCGCACAACCUGACGGCCAUCCUUGCCGGCGCCGGGAUCGUGCCGUCGGCCACCGAGACCUACUCGGUGAGCAGCGUCAGCGACGCCAUCACGCAGGGGACCGGGUUCACGGCGAACCUCGACUGCAACCGCGACGCCGACGGCGAGUCGCAGCUGUACCAGGUGUUCAUGUGCGUGGACCGGGAGGCGAAGCGGCUCAUCGACUGCCCGCUGCACAAGCGCAGCAAGUGCUCCGACCAGGUCAAGCUGCCCCUCUUCUGAGCGAGACGAGCCACGGCGGCCACAGGACGCGGCUGCAUCUGAUCGGCGUUCGUGUUGUUCUGCCCAAGGACUCGACGAUUUCCUAGCUCGAUUCCUGGAAUCGUACUACUCUUUGAUCAGGUGGAGAAGAGGAGGAUUAUCUCUCGCCUCGAUUUCGAUUUGAUUUUCUUUUCCUUGCUUAUCAAACACGCAGAAGGAUGUAUUAUAAGAAUAAUAAUAAAUUGGUUGUGUUACUUUGUUCAUCCCAAA